CCUCUUGUCUCUCUCUAUCUCCGCCGCUAAGGAUGAGACAAGCGCCGUAACGGGAUGUCCUCACCAUAAACGCCGUUAAAUCCCAGUCCGUGUCAACACGUGCCAUUAGCAAACGGAAGAUUCAAAAGUAAAAUAAUAUUCCGUUUAAAUGUCUCUGGAACAACAACAGUUGGGGUUAGGAGUGACCACCGUCGACGGUAACGAUAACGGCGGAGAGAAUAGUGCGCCGUCUAACGAACUCGGAGAAGACAUCGUCAAGACGGCGAGACUGCCACGCUGGACGAGGCAAGAGAUUCUGGUGCUGAUUCAAGGGAAGAGAGUGGCGGAGAACAGAGUCCGGCGAGGGAGAGCUGUGUCGUCGGGACAAAUGGAGCCGAAGUGGGCUUCUGUUUCAUCUUACUGCAGACGUCACGGAGUUAACCGGGGGCCGGUUCAGUGUCGGAAAAGGUGGAGCAAUCUCGCCGGAGAUUACAAGAAGAUUAAAGAGUGGGAGUCGAAGGUGAAGGAGGAGACUGAGUCUUAUUGGGUGAUGAGGAACGAUGUUCGUAGAGAGAAGAAGCUUCCUGGUUUUUUCGAUAAGGAAGUGUAUGAUGUUGUUGAUGGCGGCGUGGUUCCUCCUCCUCCUCCUCCGGCUCUUUCGCUUGGUUUGGCUCCGGCGUCGACGGAGGCGACGCCGGAGGGAGUGUUGUCUGAGUUGGAACUGAGAGAACCGGCUGCCCCUAAGUCACUUCAGGAUGUUAUAGACAAAGAGAAGCAAGCAGCGCGUGGGGCAGAUGAUCAAGGUAGAGUGAAAGAGAGAGAUACAGAAGCAGCAAACCCGGAAGCUGGAUCAACGUCACAGGAGGCUAGAAAGCGUAAACGAACAUCUGAUAGUGAAGAUGAAGAAAAAGAAGAAGGGACAACGAGCAUGCAGAACCAGUUGAUACAGAUACUGGAAAGAAACGGACAGUUAUUGGCGGCACAGCUUGAAGUUCAGAAUACAAACUUGAAACUAGACAGAGAGCAAAGAAAAGAUCAUGGUGAUAGCUUAGUUGCUGUUCUUAACAAGCUUGCAGAUGCUGUGGCUAAAAUCGCAGAUAAAUUGUAG